UUGGAUUCGAUUUCACCUAACCUAGUUUCCCUAUUCCCUUGUUCCACAGAAUGGAAACUCCACGCCUCUCUCUUUCAUUUUCUUUGUUUCUGAUUUUGGUAGCAGUAUCACCGUUCUGGUCUUACAGUGUAAGGCCGGCUGGCUUCCCCAUUGAAGAAGCCGGAUUGAAAGAUUUGCACCUAGCUUUCAAACAAAACAAACUCACCUCCAGGCAACUUGUUGAGUUUUACAUUAAGCAAAUCCGUAGAUAUAACCCACGGCUUAGAGGGGUGAUUGAGGUGAAUCCAGAUGCAUUAUACUUAGCCGACAAAGCAGACCGUGAGCGCAAGGCCAAGGCGCCAGGCUCACUGCCUCUUUUGCACGGCAUUCCUGUGCUUGUAAAAGAUAACAUGGCCACAAAGGACAAGCUCAACACCACGGCUGGCUCAUUGGCUCUGUUGGGCUCCGUUGUGCCUCGUGAUGCCGGAGCUGUGAUGAGGUUGAGGAAAGCUGGAGCAAUCAUUUUGGGAAAGGCCAGCAUGAGCGAAUGGGCUGGUUUUAGAUCCAAUGGAGCUCCCACUGGCUGGAACGCCCGGGCAGGACAAGGCCGGGAACCUUAUACAUUAGGACUUCCUUGUGGUUCAAGCAGCGGCUCGGCAAUAUCAGUGUCGGCAAACAUGGCCGCUGUCGCACUAGGAACUGAAACGGAUGGCUCAAUACUAUGUCCUUCUAGUUUUAACUCAGUAGUUGGCAUCAAACCAACCCUUGGCCUCACUAGUACAGCCGGAGUCGUCCCGAUCUCUCCACGACAAGAUACUGUUGGGCCAAUCUGUAGAACGGUUUCCGAUGCUGCUUAUGUUCUCGACGUCAUUGUAGGAACUGACCCCCUGGAUAACUCAACCUAUAAAGCAUCUCGGUAUAUUCCAAGGGGUGGGUACGGUCAAUUUCUUAAGGCUGAUGGAUUAAGAGGAAAAAGAUUGGGAAUAGUGGAGGAUUUCUUUGGUGUAGUUGAUCCUUCCUUAAUUCCAGCUUUUGAGGAAAUUUUCACAAUAUUAAGCAAACGAGGUGCAAUAUUGGUAGACAAUUUGAAAAUAGACAACCUUGGAGCCAUAUAUAACAAUACAGAAAGUGGAGAAGUAGCUGCAUUGCUGAAUGAGUUCAAAGUGUCCUUAAAUGCAUACCUGAAAGAGCUGGUUUCCUCUCCAAUUCGAUCUUUAGCGGAAGCCAUAGCAUUCAACCAAAAGCACUCGAGCCUGGAGAAAAUUAAAGAGUACGGUCAAGAUUUAUUUCUACAAGCUGAGGCGACAAAUGGAAUGGGAAUUAACGGAUUAUUAUCGAAAUUAGGGAAACUUUCAAAAGAUGGACUGGAGAAAACGAUGAUUAAGAAUAAGCUAGAUGCAAUAAUGACUCCGAGUGCGAUAAUCUCACCGAUUCUAGCAAUUGGAGGAUUUCCCGGCAUAACUGUUCCGGCAGGAUAUUCGCCCUCAGGGACGCCAUUUGGCAUUGAUUUCGGAGGUUUGAAAGGAUACGAGCCGAAACUGAUAGAAAUUGCAUAUGGAUUUGAGCAAGCAACCAAGAGAAGAAGAAAGCCUCCCCUCAAGUAAACUGCCGCCUUCUGCUUCUGCAAAUGAACACCAUCCAUUCAUGGAUCGAUCGUUUUGAGGUUUAGUUUAAUAUUCAAAUGGAUCGUUCGGUUCGAGGAACAAGAGUCAAGAUGUCUGAGAAUAAGAUUUCAGGAAAUAAGAUAUAAUUGUGUUGUGCAUCAAAAUCUUAUCGGAAUUUUAUGGAAAUAAAUGAUUGAUGUUAGCAUUAAAA